AUGGAGAAGUACCUGGGCGGCAACGUGUUCGAGUGGGCGCUGCGAGCGCUGGGCUUGGCGUUGGCCAUCUCGUUCGUGUGGUGCCUGCUCUCGCUUCGUCCGCUGCUGCGUUCGCUCGUGGGCGGGCGUCGUCGGGCGCCUCUGCGGUGGACCACUGUGGCCGGUCCGCUGGCGUUUGCCAUUGCGCUGGGCACCUUCGUUGCCCUCGGCCCCAUGCUGGUCGACGUGGGCCUCAACACCAUCCAUCGCGUCGACUCGCCCGCCAUCUCCUCUCGCGCUCACGACUUGCACAAAAAGGCGUUCGUGGUGGACAUGCACGCGGACACGCUGCUGUGGCCCAAGCGCGACUUCUUCAAGCGCAACGCGUGGGCGCACGUCGACCUGCCGCGCCUGCAGGAGGGCAACGUGGCGCUGCAGAUGUUCACCAUCGUCACCAGCGUACCCUACGGCCAGAGCAUCGAGUCCAACUACGCCCCCACCCACCCCGCCAUCGACAAGCUCACGCCCAAGGUCGCCGUCGAGGGCUGGGGCUGGGAGGCGCUGAGGAGCAAUGCCGGCCGGACGCUCUUUCAGGCCAACAACAUGCACGACCUGGCGAGGCGCUCCAACGGGACGCUGCAGGUGGUGCGGGACCGCAGCGAUCUGGAGGCCUUCAUCAAGGCCCGGGAGGCCGACAGGAGGAAGGUGGCCGCCAUUCUCGGCAUCGAAGGGCUGCACGCGCUGGACGGAAACAUCACCAAUGUGGACGUGUUCUUCGAUGCUGGCGUGCGCAUGAUGGGCCUUGCGCACUUCUUCGACAACGACCUCGCUGGGAGUGCCCAUGGAAAGGCCAAGGGCGGGCUCACCCCGUUCGGACGUGAGGUGGUGGCGCGGAUGGAGGAGAAGAAGAUCUUCGUUGACGUCGCCCACGCCUCGCAAAACGCCAUCCUGGACCUCGCCAAGAUCGCCACCCGCCCCAUCCUCAGCUCACACACCGGGGUGCGUGGUGUGUGCGACAAUCAGAGGAAUCUGGGCGACGAGGAGGUCAAGGGAAUCGCCCGCUCCGGCGGCGUGCUGGGCGUGGCCUACUUCCGCCCGGCCAUCUGCGGCGAGACCGAGCUCGAGGGCAUCAUCAACACCAUCAAAUACAUCAAGGACCUGGUGGGGGUGGAGCAUGUGGGCCUGGGCAGCGACUUUGACGGGACCGUGGCGACGCCCUUCGACACCUCGCAGCUGGUGCAGAUCACCAACGGGCUCCUGCAGGCCGGCCUCACGCCCGACGAGGUCCUCCUCGUCAUGGGCGGCAACAUGCGCCGCGUGCUCCUCCAGCACCUCCCCUGA